AUGAACAUUCAUAGUAAAGCUAAUAAAUAUGUGUGUCCUAAUGAUCGGCAAUUAUCUUUACGAGCAAAGUUACGUACUGGCUGGAGUGCUGCCCGCAGCGAGCCCCCGCUGACAGCUGCUGAGCGAGAGGCCAUAUCUGCUGUUGUCAAGCGAGCUGAGAAGGUAGAAGAUAAUGAGGCGAAAAGGAUCGGUCGACUAGUUGCCCGACUUGAAGGGAUGCGCCGAUCAGCCCAAGGACCAGCACCAAGAAGCUGCGUUCUCUGCGGAGAAACAUCAAGGCUUCUGGCUCCCCUUCGGCUUUGUUCCAUGUGCAGAAAUUAUGCCUGCCCAAAAUGUGUCAUCGAUACUCCACAUAAAUUAUAUUCUAGAGAACAGUACAUGUGUAACCUCUGUGCUGAGACCAGAGAGAUGUGGAAGAAGUCUGGUGCGUGGUUCUUCAAGUCUUUACCAAAGUAUGUCCUGCCAGAACGGAAAACCAAGUAUAAUGAUACAGAGUUCUCCAGAUCACUUCAGGAAGCGGGUAACAGUAGCAACGAAGGUAAGUCAGAUUCAGAGCCGAGCUCACCGCUAAGCCUCCAUCCGCCUAUGUUCUCCCGACAACCGAGCAACACUGAUAGCAGGAAAUCUGUCAGCAUAUCUCAGGAUGCUUUCGAUGCCAGUGAAACCGAAAAUCUUACACACGGUGUAUCUGGUCUAAGCCUCCAUAGGACUGAUAGUUAUAGCCAACGGUCCUUAGGUCUCAAACGUACAGGCAGUGUAAGAACUAUAAGAAAGGACUCAAAUAAGGCUGAAAGACCUCCAGUGAUACCAGAUGCCGGGUUUGGCACCAUAGAGAUAAAACUUGCGUAUGACAAUGGAACUUCGUCAUUGGCUGUGAGCGUUCUUCGGGCGCGGGGUUUAAUAGGAAUGGACAUGACAGGGUUAUCGGAUCCCUUUUGUAGAUUAGAAAUUCUACCCAUUGAAGGUACAUAUUCAAAUAGAUUAAGAACUAAAACCGUGCAUAAAACGAAAAACCCAGAAUUCAACGAAACACUGCAUUUCUUUGGCAUCACAGAAUCGGACCUCAAUUCGAAGUCAUUGGAAAUUGUAGUUUUUGACGACGAUAGAUACGGCUGUGACGAAAUGGGUUCAGCAACGGUAGCUUUGCGAGAAUGUAUAAAAUCGCCCGCCCAACUCCGCUUAGCUCUUUCAGGGGCGUCCAGUUCGGAGCCAUUAGGUCCUAGACUACUAUUAGCUCUUUGCUAUAAUACCAAGAGAAGGGCACUAGCAGUGACUGUAUGCAAAGCUACCGAAUUACCACCUCGGGAUAGCAAUGGAUAUUCUGACCCAUUUGUUAAGAUCCAUCUGGAUCCGGAUCCCUACCAUAAAAAGCACAAGACGUCAAUUAAGUGGCGAAACCUAAAUCCAGUUUGGAACGAAGGCUUCUUCUUCGAAACCCGUUUGACAGAACUUUCGCGCCAAAAUCUGACAUUGACAGUUUGGGACAAAGAUUAUGGAAAGCCAAAUGACUUUUUAGGAAGUUUGAUACUUGGAUCAAGUAGUAAGGGUAGAAGAUUGAAGCAUUGGAUGGAUUGUAUCAAGUUUCCGGAUCAUAGACACGAACAGUGGCAUGCGUUGACAGAUACACAACAUAUUUAA